AUGAGGUUUCUCUGUCUCCCAGGUGCCUAUGGCAGCUCCGAUAAAUUUCAAGUGCAGUUGGCACCCAUCAUCAAGGAGCUGACAGAAGAUGGAACGGCCACUUUUCAUUUCAUCAACGGCCCCUGCAAGGCAGUUCCUCCCGAGGGCUUCGAGGAGUAUUUCGGAAAGCCCCCCUACUUCCGAUUCAUCGAGCCCGAUCAGGACGUGGAGAAGACCGAAGAUGACGAUGUACUGGCAAGAAUCAGAGAUUUCCCUGACUGCGAGACGCCGGAGGACACCAUGAGAGAAUUGAUGCGAGAGGGUAUUGCGACGACCCAUCGUAGUACUGAUAAUGCUAUCAAGUAUCUGGUCAAGAUCAUGGAGGAGCGUGGUCCGUUCGAGGGCAUUAUUGGAUACUCUGAGGGCGCCACAGUUGCCGGCACGCUCCUGCUCCACGAGCAGCGACGACUCAAGAAGAAAGGGAUCAAGCCCAUGUUCAAGUAUGCCAUUUUCUUUGCCGGGUGGCCGCCAGUGGACCCAGAAACUCACGCCAUGAUCCUGAGCGACGAGUCCGAGGCCAUGAUUGAGAUUCCGACAUGCCAUAUCAUCGGAUCUUUGGACCCAUACGUACACGGGUCUCUGGCCCUCUUCAAUGUCUGUGACCCGGACACGGCGUAUCUCUUUGAUCACGCCAAGGGCCACACCCUACCCCGCGACAAGGAUACCGUAAAGGAGCUUGGAGACGUGGUGCGCGAGGCUAUCAGAAACUACGACAUAAAGAUCUAG